CAGCCUCCCUCUGCUGCCCCUGCCUGCCUGCUGCCUCUUGUCUAGCUGCCGUCAGGAGCUGACGGCCACCAGGGCUGGAAUCCCGUGCCCUCUCCGUGCCCAGAGAACGGGGCUGGUCCCACUGUUCAUGGUCAACACAUCUAACCAGCCACUACUGCGUGCGGAAGCUGCAUGGAGGAUCUGUGGAGAGGCAAGAGCCCCACGAUGUCGGCCAACGUCACGCUGAAGCCGCUCUGCCCCAUCCUGGAGCAGAUGAGCCGUCUCCAGAGCCACAGCAACACCAGCAUCCGCUACAUCGACCACGCGGCCGUGCUGCUGCACGGGCUGGCCUCGGUCCUGGGCCUGGUGGAGAACGGACUCAUCCUCUUCGUGGUGGGCUGCCGCAUGCGCCAGACCGUGAUCACCACCUGGGUGCUGCACCUGGCGCUGUCCGACCUGUUGGCGUCUGCGUCCCUGCCCUUCUUCACCUACUUCCUGGCCGUGGGCCACUCGUGGGAGCUGGGCACCACCUUCUGCAAACUACACUCCUCCAUCUUCUUUCUCAACAUGUUCGCCAGCGGCUUCCUGCUCAGCGCCAUCAGCCUGGACCGCUGCCUGCAGGUGGUGCGGCCGGUGUGGGCGCAGAACCACCGCACCGUGGCCGCGGCGCACAAAGUCUGCCUGGUGCUCUGGGCGCUGGCGCUGCUCAACACGGUGCCCUAUUUCGUGUUCCGCGACACCAUCUCGAGGCUGGACGGGCGCAUCAUGUGCUACUACAACGUGCUGCUCCUGAGCCCGGGGCCUGACCGCGACGCCACGUGCAAUUCGCGCCAGGCGGCCCUGGCCGUCAGCAAGUUCCUGCUGGCCUUCCUGGUGCCGCUGGUGGUCAUCGCCUUGAGCCACGCGGCCGUCAGCUGGCAGCUGCACUACCGCGGCCGUCGGCGGCCCAGCCGCUUCGUGCGCUUGGUGGCGGCGGUCGUGGCGGCCUUCGCGCUCUGCUGGGGGCCCUACCACGUGUUCAGCCUGCUGGAGGCGCGGGCGCACUCCGACCCCGGGCUGCGGCCGCUCGUGUGGCGCGGUCUGCCCUUUGUCACCAGCCUGGCCUUCUUCAACAGCGUGGCCAACCCGGUGCUCUACGUGCUUACCUGCCCUGACAUGCUGCGCAAGCUGCGGCGCUCGCUGCGCGCGGUGCUGGAGAGCGUGCUGGUGGACGACAGCGAGCUGGGUGGCUCGGGCAACAGCCGCCGCCGCCGCCGCACGCCCUCCACCGCUCGCUCAGCCUCCUCCCUCGCGCUCGACAGCAGCCCCCAGGCCUCGCGGGGCCCGACGCGCCUGCUCGGCUGGCUGCUGGGCGGCUGCACAGCGUCCCCGCAGAGGGGCCCCCGGGAGCGGGCGCUGAGCAACGCCUCGAGUUAGAACCCGGUCCGGGCAGGGCAGGGAAGCGCUCAAGCGCGAAAGCAUCUCCCUGGGCGCUUUAAAGUAAGGACACCUGGGUCCCGCCUCUCGGACGUUUCGAUCUCCGCGGCUGGAGUCCGGGUAUCAAGUUGAACCGCGAUCGAAACGUCCGAGGGGCGGGACCCAGGUGUCCUUAUUUUAAAGCGCCCUGGGAGACUCUGAAUUUUUUUUUUUUUAGAAACAAUGAGUUAAAGCAGUGCGUCUUGAACUUUGAUGCGCCUGUGAAUCACCGAGGGGUCUUGUUAAGUGCAGUCUGAUUCAGGAGGCCCGGCCGGUGCUCAGAGUCUGCACUUCACAAGAUCCCAGGCCGCGAAGCCAGGGCCGCAGGUUCCCAGAGGCCUGGAGUAACGCAAAGUGAAACUCAUAAUAAUGACUUCCCAGACUAGGGCAGUGGAGUCAGAAGGGCACUCCAGGUGCGUCUCCCUGGAGCUCGAUUUUAACAGAUGAUGGGGCGCGGGUGGGGGUGAGGUUUUACCUGAAACGGGCUAUGUAUUUUUGGAGAAGAGAGAGGAAAGCUUUGAGAAGCACAGUUCCAGCCUGCCCUCUGCAUUUAGCCAACGUUUACUGUGGCAUCACAUGCUCAAUUACCCUCCGGUGAGCGAGGACAUCCUCUGAGCUACUUGAGGGACUUAAGACGCUACCUUGUGACCCAUCACUGCCCAAGGUACUUCCAAGGCAGAAGCAGGGGAUGCCAGGGUCAAUCUCUCGGGAAACCUAGGGCUAAUCAAAUCCAACGGGCGAAAUGACCAAAGGUCUUUGGUCUUUAGAAUUCGAAUGGGCACAGCAGCUCUGAGACCACAGCAUGUCAUUUCUUAGCCAACCUGACUAGAAUUCCCUGCAGGCCUGCUGUUCUGUGGGAUCCCCUGGACAGUGGUAAUCCCAAGAUCUGUGCAGCCCCUGCCUCCAGCCCACACGGGGCUGGGCAGCUACCACUUCCCAUUUGUGGGUAGGAGGGGUAACUUGCAUCUCUGACCUGGCACUUCCACUGCACCACGUCUCAUUCCUCUGCCUGCCACGGACUUGAGGUCAGAGACCACUGUGUUGUAGCUCUGCAGCCCAGGACUGACAGAGUUGGUGCCAAUGAAUGUUGCAGGGUGGAUGAAACGUCAGUGAAAAAAGACGAGAAACUCUGGGGAUAUUGGUCCUGUGUUUCUUGUGCCACCAAAGGCCUGGGUCAUGGAAGGCCUGGCCCACAGUAGGUGUUCAGCAAAGGAAACAGUGAGGUACCCAGCUGGCUGCACAGCCAGCCCGUCUUGACAGCUCGCCCAUGUUCCCUCCCAUCCCUUCCCCCUCACAGCACUUCCCCCAUCUGACACAUGGUACAUUUUGCUUGUUUAUUAUGUUUUCUCUCCAUCAGAAUGAAAGCACCUCGAGGGCAGGGACUUUGGUCUACUGUAUGUAUUUGCUGGUGCCUACCAUCUGUGCCUGUAUGCAACAGGCACUCAAUAAAUAUUUGUGCUGUA